AUGGGUGACGGUAAUCACUUAACAUCAGGUGGUGGUCAAUCUUCAGAAUUACGCAGUGUUUCUGUACCGGUUUGGGACAUUAACGACUGUCACCAGAUCCUAGGAACAUCCAGGAAACUACCAAAUGGACCUACCAGCGAUAAUCAAAUAUGCGCUGGCGAAAAACAAGGAGGCAAAGACACAUGUCAGGGUGAUUCUGGAGGGCCGGCUCAAAUCCAAGAUGGGUGUGCAUGGCGGGUAGUAGCUGUGACAUCAGUUGGAAGAUCAUGUGGAGCUCCUAAUACACCCGCUCUUUAUGCAAUCAUCCAUAGAUCAUUUGUAGCGGCACAAGUCUUCGGCAAAGGAAUAUCUACUCAACAGACAAGUCAAAAUAUAAAUAGACAAGACUAUACAACUGUCAACAAUAAAAAUAAUGCAAAUAGACAUAAUGAAAGAGAGAAUUUAAGUUCACAUAAGAAUAAUAAUGAUUACAUUCUUCCGGAAAACGUUAACGUGAAUAAUAAUCAUAAACAAAAUAUUAAUAAACAAGAUUAUAUCAAUCUAAACAACAAUAAUAAUAAUAGAGAUGUAAAUUAUAAUUAUAAUCACGAGAGAGGAGAUAAUAUAAAUUUAAAUAACAAAAACAAUAAUAAUGCUUACAUUAUUCCUGAUGUUGCAACAAAUAGUAAUCAUAGACAAAAUGUAAAUUAUAACAAUAAUUACACACCACAUGUUAUUGGCGACUACAGUGAUACAGUGAGUGGGGAACACAAUUAUUAUAAUCAAAACAAAAAUUACGAAAUUGAAACACCUAGCCCAAGUCAUAAUAAAUUUCACAGUAUCAGAAGUCCAGAUUAUAUUUACAAUCCAAGUCCUCAUGAUAAUAAUAGACAAUACGGUGGUUAUAAUGGUAAUGUAAAUGUCAAUAAUAAUUACGAUGUUGGUUUUCCUGAACAAUCUUAUACUGUAACCGAAGCGCCUAGAUUCAAUAAUGGAAGGAAUUGGUGGCAGCCAUACUAAUUUUUAUGCUUUAAUGAGAUUAUUUAUGAUAUACAAAUUAUGUUAAAAGUUGUUAUAGACUGUACUUAUGUUAUACCUAAGAUAAGCUUUGGACGAAAAUGGAGGGUGAAUAUCUAUUAUAUUGUCAGAAGCUGAGCUAUAGUAUAUAAUCCAUGUGACUACAUGAAAAUUGUCUACAUUGCUAAACUAUUAUCUUUUGAUCAAUAGUUUGUAUGGUUGGUUUUUAUGCCUUAUUCUCGUUGAUUGUUUAUUAGCAAUGGUGUAUCGACCAACUAUAUGGAGCUUAAAGAAUAAUUCAUUUCGCAUGUAGGCACAGUAACCGUUACUCUUUCGUAUGUAUUCAGAGCAAUAAAUAAUAAAAACUAUUAUAUCAUCCAAAUAAAUGAACACAAGUAUUUGAUAUUUAUUUAGCAUUUAUUGAUUUUACAUUACCCUGUUUAAAAUGUAGCAUAUAAAUUACCCCAUUAGGAAUUUACCUCUUCAACCGUACACAUCUAAAACAUCAAAUAUUUGAUAUCACAAGGGUACGGUAUUGUAACGUAUACUAGGCAAAAUGUUGUAUCUAGUAUCAAAAAUCUUUCGUCAUUUGCUCUGGAAACGAUUGGGACUUAAAACUUACAUAAUUCCAUAAACCACCAUCACAUCAGCUAUACAUUUGAAAGGGAUUGCGAUAGAUUUUGAAAUUAGAUAAAUAAUUAGCUCACACAUGUAAAAAUAUCUGUUACUGAUUGUUAGCACAUUUUAAGUUUCUUAUGUAAUAAAAUCUAAAUCUCAAUUCAUGGCCGAAAAGAAUUAUUAUCCAUUAAAAUGGAUCGUGAUUUUCUUUAUUUAUUAUAUUCAUGGUGGUUUUUAUGACAGCUGCUGCAAUUUCGAUAAUCUAGUAAUUUGGAAUUUUAAUAAUUGUUUACCUAAUUGGUGACAUAUACAGUAGAAUCAUAAGAAUUGAAGUUACGCCGAUACCUGUGUAC